CGCCCCCCCACACUUCUCCCACAGCCCCCGAAGAUGAGGCGACAGCCCCGGCGCCUGGCGCUGUCUCUGCUGGGGGUGCUCUGGCUCGCCACGCUCCUCCUCCUCUUCUUCUUCGGGGCGAGGAGGAAGUUGGAGGCGGCGGGAGCCGAGGGGCGCACGCCUGAGGGCUCAGAUGUGGACUGGGACGACCUUUGGGAUGAGUUUGAAGAGCGGAGGUACCUGAGCGCCCGGAGAUGGAAGGGUGGAGAGGACCCGUACCGGCUUCAUGCCUUUAACCAGCGGGAGAGCGAGAGGAUCCCCAGUGACCGUGCCAUCCGUGAUACCCGCCACCACAGGUGUACGACUUUGCACUAUGGCCAAGACCUUCCUCCAACCAGCGUUGUCAUCACCUUUCACAAUGAGGCCAGGUCAACCCUCCUAAGGACCAUUCGAAGCGUGCUGAACCGCAGCCCUGUGCACCUCAUCCAUGAAAUCAUACUAGUGGAUGACUUCAGUGAUGAUCCUGAUGACUGCCACUUGCUGCGCAAGCUCCCCAAGGUGAAAUGCUUGCGGAAUGGACAGCGAGAAGGUCUGAUCCGGUCCAGAAUUCGAGGGGCAGAUGUGGCACAAGCUGGAGUUCUGACCUUCCUGGACAGUCACUGUGAGGUGAACAAGGACUGGCUGCUCCCUCUGCUGCAAAGGAUCAAAGAGGAUCCCACCCGAGUAGUCAGCCCCAUUAUUGACAUCAUCAACUUGGACACUUUUGCCUAUGUGGCAGCUUCCUCAGACCUUAGAGGAGGUUUUGACUGGAGUCUGCAUUUCAAAUGGGAGCAGCUUUCCCCAGAGCAGAAAGCCAAACGACUUGAUCCCACUGAACCCAUUAAGACUCCCAUCAUUGCUGGGGGGCUGUUUGUUAUUGACAAAGCCUGGUUCAACCACCUGGGGAAGUAUGACAGUGCCAUGGACAUCUGGGGUGGAGAGAACUUUGAAAUCUCUUUUCGUGUGUGGAUGUGUGGAGGGAGCCUGGAAAUCAUCCCCUGCAGUCGCGUUGGACAUGUCUUCCGGAAGAAACAUCCAUACAUCUUCCCAGAGGGAAAUGCCAAUACAUACAUUAAAAACACCAAACGCACAGCAGAGGUGUGGAUGGACAAAUUCAAGCAGUACUAUUAUGCUGCUCGUCCUGCAGCCCAGGGGAGGCCUUAUGGAAACAUCCAGAGCCGAGUGGAGCUGCGGAAGAGGUUGAAAUGCCACAGCUUCAAGUGGUACCUGGAAAACAUAUAUCCUGAACUCCGGAUUCCCGAGGAAUUGCUCUAUCAAACGGGGGUGAUCAGGCAAAGGCAGAGCUGCCUGGAGUUGCACAAAUCUGAUGCCCAAGAGCUCCCUGUCCUGAGCUUAAACCCUUGUACCAGCAGCAAAAGCACAGCAGCAGCAGCACAGGAAUGGACAUACACAUACAAACACCAAGUUCGCCAGCAGCAGCUGUGUUUGUCUGUGUACACCCUUUUCCCUGGUUCCCAGGUGCUGCUGUCACCUUGCAAAGAAGGUGACAACAAGCAGCGGUGGGGUAAAGUUGGAUCACACAUUGAACACAUGGCUUCACGCUUCUGUUUGGACACUGAGAUGAAUGGGGACACAAAUGAGAGCACCAAAGAGCUUGUCAUCAACCCUUGUGAAAGCACAGCCAUGAGUCAGCGCUGGGAUAUGGUGAUGUCUUGACCUGCUUGAGGACAUACACAGCAAGAAUGGGCACUGACACAUUGCUACACACAGCCAAGAUGCACAAGAUGGAGCUCAAAUGAAAAACCGUUGGGGGUCCUUGUGUGCUGAGGGACAGAAGAAGAAUCAUUCACAUAAAAAUAAGGACAUGGCCCUCCAUACUGAACAACAGAUGUUUCUGCAAGGCAUGUUUAAUAUCCUGUUGGUGAUCAAGCAUUCAAAGAAAAAGGAGUAGCAAGGAACCAAACUUGAACAUUUUAGAGGGAUAGUGGGGCUCCUGUGACAGGCCCCACAGACAUUUGGUGCGUGCAAUAUUUAUUAAUCUCUCUGGAAACACAUGUAGAAGAGCCUUGGAAAUUGAAAGAAGACUUGGUCCCAGAAAAACAGGCAUCUCAAUAGCUUCUGGUGGGUGAGGCAGGUGUGCAAGGAGGGGUUUGCCAAGGGAUGCUUAGAAACAUCACCCGAGUUAUUGUUGCACUUUUCAUUGCUGCGGAUGACUUUGUCCUCUGCAAACAACGUGAGUGGACCUGUGUUGCACAUUCAAAUUUGUAUCUUGUCCAUGUACAUUAUGUGUAUAGAGAGGCAGAGCAGUCGUUUAUGGCUUUGGCCACGAUCAGACCAGCAAGUCCUUGAGGUGUCCUGCUCUGUGCUAACACUAACAGCACAUGGGGGUUGUUGAAUCUCCAAAGCCCAAGCAAACAGAGGAUUCAGUGUGUGAGACUGAAGGAUACAAACUGCUGUCAGUCUGGGAGAAAGGAAGUAACAUGAUUGUUUCUCCUCUCUGAAGGUCAUGAGUUAUCCUCGGUCACCAGAAACUUCCCUUUAAUCCUACCGUGUGUGUCUCACUGCUUUAAAUCUGGAACAAGUCAAAAUUUUCACUUUUUUUCAAUAAAAGUAAAAUUUUUGGUAAUUGAAGAUAAUUGUGUCACAUUUGUGUUUCCCAAUUUCCUGGCU